GCGUGCAUAACCCCCCAUUAGCUGUCAAUAUGGCUACCUCCAGGGUGAGGGUUAAGGUCUGCAAAAAAAUCCCUGAUUGGACAAAAAUAUAAUUCCUGUGAUAGGUUCUGCAAAGAAAAGUUUUUUACAGAUAUUGUAAAAUGGAGCAGAAUCUGAAGACUAUGUAAAUACUAAAUUGCUGGUGGAAUUAAAAUAGUGUAAAAGAAACAACUGUGUUGGAUUAAAAAAAAACAAGUUAUGAAUACUGCUGUGAGGGAAGUGAACGCUGCAAUCAUGCUGACCAACCCAGUGCUUGUGGAAUCUCUGGUGGUUUUCAGCAUUGUGCUGUGUGUCCAUUCUGUGAUCUGGAAUCAACUCUCUUGGUGCGCCAUAACCUUGGCCAUUCAAGCCUUCUACGUCCAGCACAAGUGGGAUCGUUUACUGAAGUCUGGCGGGGCGGUGUUUCAGUUCAGGCCCUCGGCCAACAGUGGUAUAUUGCCAGCUUGCAUGGUUAUGCCUCUGAUUGGAAUGGCUGUGAAAGAACGUUGUCAGGACUCUGGCAAUGUGUUCUUUGAGCGUUUUUCCCUUGUGGUCACAGCGACAGGCAUGGCUCUUGCCCUUUUCCUCUCUUUGAUAGCCCUCGGCAUUACCAGACCGGUGCCCACUAACACCUGUGUCAUUUCAGGCAUCGCUAGCAGUGCUGUUCUGUACACCAUAAAGCAAAUCCUGACUGUCUCAGAAGUCAUUGAAGUGCUGGAGGUCCUUCUGAUCUUUGUCUACCUCAGUCUGAUCCUCUUGUACCUGCUACCUCGCUGUUUUACUCCGGGGGAAGCGUUGAUCAUUGUGGGAGGUAUUAGUUUUGUCAUCAACCAGCUCAUCAAACGCUCUUUGAAUGCCUCAGAGGCAAAAGGAGACCCUGUUAACUACUUCCUGUUGGUGGCAGUAGUGGGAUCACUCCUCCUGGGAAUCUUCUUUUCCCUGCUCUUCUGCUUCUUGGAAUCAGAAACCUGGGUUUCUUCGCUCUUUUUUCACAUGAUGACAGCCGUUCUAGGCUUGGGGAUCAUCCUGCCGUGGCUGGCUCUUCUCAUCCACAGACAUCCCAUCAUGUGGUUGCUUGAUUUCAUGCUCCACAGCCAGACCAGGAUCUACUUGUUGGGCUACUGGGUUUUCCUGGCAGCGUUGGCUUCCGUGAUCGUCCUGCACCAGAACUCCAAGAGGUCAUCCAUGUCCAAGAAACACCAGGCAUCCACGCUGGUGAGGAAGUAUUUCCAUUUGAUUGUGGUGGCCACGUACGUCCCUGGCUUGAUCUACGACCGGCAGCUCCUCCACGUGGCCUCAGUGGGUUGUUUGGUGGUUUUCAUGCUCCUGGAGUAUGUCCGAUAUUUCCGUAUCAGACCCACAGGCCAGCUGCUCCGGCAGCUGCUGACUCUCUUUCUGGACGAACGUGACUCUGGCCCCCUGAUCCUCACACACAUCUACCUCCUCCUUGGGGUGUCCCUUCCCAUUUGGCUGUUCCCUGGACCCUGCACCCCCAAAGGGACCCUCCCUGGUGCAGGGGCGCUGGUACCUUACGCAGGGGUACUCGCAGUGGGGGUUGGGGACACUGUGGCUUCUGUUUUCGGUAGCACCCUUGGGGAGAUCCGCUGGCCUGGGACCAAGAAGACCGUGGAGGGAACGGCCACUUCCAUCUUUGCUCAGAUCAUCGCUGUUGCUUUGUUGCUGAUCUUUGACGGCACUGUUAACCUGAACACAAGUUACAGCUGGAUCGUGGGGUCAAUAACACUAGUUUCCUUACUGGAAGCCUACACAUCCCAGAUAGACAACCUGAUGUUACCUCUUUACCUUUUUGUACUACUGAUGAUAUGAACACAGUGUGGAAUGAAAUCCUAUUAGUAAGAAGUCAUGCUAGUACUGUAUCCACUUUCAAGAACUAUGAUUUAUUUAUAAGUAAUGUUUCAAUUAAUUUACCAUCUGGCAGUAUUUUAGGGGCUCAGAACCAUUAUGAAUUUUGUUCCCUGUUGUAAAAUAUAUUUUAAUUAUGAAAUUAUCAACCCUGUGAGUUUUAACUUUUGCCCAGCUUUGAAUACUAGCAAAGGGAUAUAUUUGCAAACUUUACAAGAGGAAGAAAAGCCAAAUUAACACAUUUGAAUUAUUUGUUGAUUUAUUUAUAAAUAAUGUUUACAGAAAUCCUAAAAGGUAAAUAGCGAUUGAUUGUGCAUUUGUUAGUGGUUCUAGCAAAUUAUUAUUAUUAUUAUUAUUAUUAUUAUUAUUAUUAUUAUUAUUAUAAUGUGAUGUUACCACCCAAAGUGGAUACAGUACUUUUAAAAAUGCACUAUUCUUUCAUACUCCUUUUUUGUACACUGCAUAUCUAAAGGAUCAACAAGGAAGACUAGAGGACAAGGACUGCCUGCAGUGUAAUGCCCUGGUUUUACAAUGAGAAUCAUGACAAAACGGUUAAUGUAUAAUUGCUGUGUCUCUCCAUUCAGUGAUAAAUGUGUAACAACCAAGGAUUUCUGAUUUUCAUAUUUGAUUUACCAGACUUUAUUUCCACGUCUUUCUUGCCACUAUAAAUGAACUUCCUGUCGUAGUGCCUAGAUCCCACCUGAGCGGUAUUCUCUGAUGCGCAGAGGAAAUGAUGCAGGGUCAGGUGGGAUCCUAUUUCCUGCACAUGGAAAGUCCCUCCAUUAGAUUUAUAGUGUUGUGCAGGAUAAGUGAAAUUAAACUGUGAGCUGCAGUGAAAACAAAGUCUGGAAAACAAAUAUAUAUAUACAGCUGAAAUGCAAGACAAAGCCUUGGUAAUGAUGCUUUUACUAGGUGUCAUUGGUAUUCGACAAGUGACGUGAUCCCUUUAAUAUUGUGUACGUGUUUCAAUUUUCUCUGGGUAGGCUUCAUUCCCAAGGGGGUCCCAGUACCUGGAAGCCUUUGGCUACUGAAAUAUUAAACAGGUUAUUGGAUUUCUCAGUUUGUUUUCCAUGUUGCUUCCUGAGUUUCUUUUGGCUCUUAUUGUUCACUUCAGAUAAUAACCAACAGAAAGUCAAACGAGUGCAUUAGACAGCAUUUAAAUGCCAGCUAAGCCCAACCGGUGCCACUUGGACGACACGACAACAACAAAUUGAUACUGUAUGUACUGUAGUGGUACUGAGUUUAAGUUCAGCAAUCCUGCCACUAGGUGGUACCACUCUACAAGUCAAACAAUAAACUUGACUGAUCUUUAGAAAUCUGACUGAUCUUUAGAAGUCAGUCAAUUCUUUAAUGCGGUCCUUAAUUUCAAGGGAGAAUGCACACAGCUCUUUCUUUGCAAUGCACAGUAUUGAACGCUGUAAAGAACGCUUGGUUUGUGUGCUGUUCUGUUGCACUGGAUACUAGACUGGCCUGAAUCGGGCAGUUCUAGCAACGUACAUAAUGAAGGAAAUGUAGGUUUCAUCAAAGGGAGUGGAAUAAUGGAUUUUAGAAAAUUCCUGGCAUGUGGUACUAAUUUAAAAUCACAUGUUUUUUGCACUCAGAAUUAUAGCAUUAAGAUGUGAGUAGAUUGCUCCCAAGUGGUGCAUCCAGUAAAUGUACUCUGCACAGAGUGCAUGAUUAUUAUUAGUUUAUUUAGCAGACACCUUUAUCCAAGGCGAUUUACAGACUAGGGUGUGUGAACUAUGCAUCAGCUGCAGAGUCACUUACAGCAACGUCUCACCUGAAAGACAGAGCACAAGGAGUGAUUUGCUCAGGGUCACACAGUGAGUAAGUGAGUGAGAAGGUAUUUGAACUGGUGACCUCCUGGUUACAAGCACGUUUUUUUAACCACUGGACCACACAGCCUGCUGUAGUUCGGCGAUCGCCAGUUCAGAUCCAAGCUAUGCCACUGACAAUGGCCGGGAGUUCCCAGGGGGCGGCGCACAGUUGGCCAAGCACUGUCCGGGCGGGGAGGGUUAGGUCGGUUGGGGAAUCCUUGGCUCUGGUCUGGAGUCAGUGGAUAGACCACAAAUCCACCUCAACUCCUCGGCUAUCCAGGGUAAUUUGCUAGCCUAAAUUAAAGGGAUUUGUAAUUUACAUAAAAGCAGGAAAUCUUGCAUGCAUCUUAUGAAUGCUCCAUCAAAUAAAAUACAGUAGUGUUGGCUGGAUUUCUUGCUAACAGAACUUAGUUUAGCAUGGUACGGUACAGUAUGCGCAGUCAGUUACUGUAUGUUUCAUUAAUUCUUUGUGGUUUAUUUAUAAGAGCUCAACAGUGCUUACUCUUAGAGUUAGUUCAGAUAACUGCUUGGCAACACUAAUGCAUGCCACCACAGCGUGUAAUAAUAUAUCUGUAUAAUGAUUUUUAUAAGGAACAUAUUUCUGCAAGUGUGAUUGUACAGCUUGAUAAAGCUGAUUUUUAUAUCUUUGUUUUCUAUUAUUGUUUUGGUAUGAUGGGGACUGAUUUUUCUAUUCUGGGUUUCAAAAAUAAUUGAUAGCCAAGCAUGAAAUAUCGUAAUCACAAUUGCUUGACAUCAGAGCCCCUAUAGAAAUACAUAUACAGAAGUCAAAGGGGGAAGGAGGAGGUGUAGUGAUAUCAUUUAUUGUAGAUUGGGAGAAUCUCGGCAAGAUUCAUUACAAUUGGACAAGCAGUUCUGCAGAUCUAUGUAAAAACUGUGUGUCAUAAAUACGUCUGCCAGCAGUGAGAAUGAUAUAAUUGGCUAAUCAGAGGCCCCUUUGUAUGAUGGAUUUAUAACAGUCCAUCCCCUUCAGAACAAAAUGGUGCAAACCCUGCACUGGACUAAAUGCUUAGAGUCUGUCCCAGACUUGGUGAUCCUUGAGACCCUAAAACUGUUAAUGCGGCCGGCAGUGGGUUCUAAGGAAACGCUAAAGGUCGAAAAUAAUAAGGAAUUAUCAGACUCUUUGAAACAUGCAAAGACAGUAAGCAAACAUGAUCUUUAUUAAAAGUGUUUGUACAGGACAUUGUGAAAUAACCGUUUGUAUGUUGCAGUUUUAAGUGCCUGUAAUACUUGGGGGAUAAUGUCAUGCAUUGUGGCUCAGGGCGGAUUCAUUGACACUGCUUCUCAUUGGCUUUCGAAUAUGAAUUGUUGUUUUUGUAUAUUUUGCCUUUUUUUGUGAAACCUUGUUCGAGUAACGUGUGUAAUAGGGUACCUGUCACUGGUUUGGCUGUCAUAUUCAGAGUCUGUCAUAACAGAGAUGGAAAUAAGACUCCAAUUACAUAGAAGCCGUUUUAGAAUGUUAGUUGGCUAUGAGCUUGAUACCUGUAUCGCUGCAUUAGUACACAGUCAUGUUUAAAAGUGUACUGUACUAACUUGCUCUCUAAAAGCCAUAGCUGUUUUCUGAGCUGCUGUUGAUAACAGCUGCACUCUUAUUCAGGGUACCUAUUAAUAAAAUCAUGCAGUUUGUCCAGUAGUGAUACCUGCAACCUCCAGCCUGCUCUUGAUAUGAGGUCCAAACCACAUUAUUCCUGCUCAGUAGAGGGACACUGCAGCAGAACUGGUAACAUAAUCUGUAGUGUCUUUCACUGCUGUACAUAUUGCCUGAGCAAUUCUGUUUUCCUCCCUGUGUCGAGGGAGAACCUUGGUGGUGUUUUGUUUCUCCUUUUGUUUUUACUGUAUGCAUUUUCUGAAUGGCAUGUUAAGUAUUUAUACUACUGAACUGAACUUUCUUUUUGCUGCCUCCUCCCCAAAAUGUACAGUGGGUUACGAAUGGAAAAACAAGGGUCUGUGAUGACAAAUAAAUGACAAGAUUUAUACA